AUGCCUACAGCGACGGCCACGGCGGCGACGGCAGUGGCACCGCCUCUGUCCGUAGCGUGUAGCCUGUGCUUAUCAUACCUCGCCACAUCUUCUCCCGCCGCUAGGCCCGACCCGGACACCUCGCGCGCAAUCAGUUAUCGCAUCAUCCAGGGAAUCGAAAUGGGUCGCGAGAGCGAUAUUCUUGUUCGCGUCGACGCAUGA